AUGCGACGUACAUUCAUAACACUUCCCGACUUCUCUUCGUUGUCUCCUUUUUCAAAUUCAGUGCCCGAAGCACAGACAUACCAUGAACGGAAGAUUCUUCCGUACGUACGUUCUGAAUUAUAUCGCGUGGUCGCGGACGUCUCGUCAUACCACAAGUUCAUACCCUUCUGCACGUCUUCCCGAAUUCUCGAGUCUAGCUCACCUCUGCAGGCCCAUCUGACGGCCCGCGACAAACCGGAUGUGCUGGAGAUGGACGGAGAGUUGACGGUUGCAUUCCUGGCGCUGAAGGAAAGCUACGUGAGCAAAGUAACGUGCAAGCCGUACGAGUCUGUACAAGCCGUCGCACUGUCUUCGACUCCAUUGUUCAAGAAUCUGACUACAACAUGGCGAUUUCAACCUGCCUCUCCUCAGUCACCGCAUAUGAGCAUGGAUGGUCCGACAGCACAAACGCAGAAAAUCUCUGCCGGCGACGAGGCCGGCCCUACAUUGCUGACGUUAGACCUGUCAUACGCCUUUGCAAAUCCAUUACACGCAGCAGUGUCGUCUGCAUUCUUUGGGCAGGUAUCGAAAUUAAUGGUGGAAGCAUUUGAGAAGCGAUGUUUAGCUGUCUAUGGACUGGGUCGAAAAUAG